AUGGAUCCUCUCACUCGCAGCCACUUGAUGCAGCGGGUUCAGCGAUAUUUCCUUGAGUUCCUGGAGUCCUUCAAGCGGGUGAAGGAAGAUGGAGAACGAGAGGAUGACCUCUACUACGUGGACCAAGCCAAGGCGAUGAUCAGGGAGAACAGGAAGACAAUGUAUGUGAAAAUGGGCCAUUUGGAGCAGGCUGACCGGGAUGCCGUCUCCUUCGAACCAGAAGACCUCAUUGCUGUGAUCCACAGCAAGUAUAUGGUUGUGCAAAAUGCACUAAAUGCUGCUGUGCCACAGCUCCUGUCAAAGUUGGAGGAUCCUGACUUGCAAGCAGAGGUUGAGAAGAUGGAUGAGCUGAAGUUCACCGUGGCCUUUUAUGACUUGGCGACCUACAGCGGCAUCCGCGAUCUUCGCACUGACAAGCUGGGCAGGCUUGUGACCAUCUGCGGCACGGUCACCCGCACCACUGACAUCAAGCCGGAGCUGCUGGUUGCAACCUGGAAGUGCAAUGAAUGCCAGCGUGAAAUCAGUGGAGUGGCGCAGGAGUUCAAGGUCACCACACCAGCCCGGUGCCCGACCAAAAACUGUGGCAACACGACCAAUUGGAAGCUCCUGGCAGAGAGUCGUUCAACUCGUUGGGGCGACUGGCAACGUGUGAGAUUGCAAGAAAAUGAGAAUGAAGUGCCGGCAGGUUCCAUGCCUCAAACCAUGGAUGUCAUUGUGAGAGAUGAGGGAACGGAGCGAUGCAAGGCUGGUGACAAGGUUCAGAUCACAGGAUCCCUCAUCGUGGUGCCAGACGUUCCGACCCUGAUGAGCCCUGGAGAACUCAAGGCCACCGUCAGAAGGUCCCUGAACACCCGCUCCGACCCAUCCUAUGCAGCAGGAGAAGGAGUUCGUGGUUUGAAGUCGGUGGGAAAUCGAGAUCUCACCUACAAGUUGGCUUUCUAUGGAACAUACAUUGAUGAGGACUCCGAUUGGGCAAGCCGUGGCAGUGACGAGAAGAGCGAGAACAUUCGUUCUGAAGAGAAGAUGUACUUGUCUCAAGUGGACAAGGAGCGUUUUGAACAGAUCUCCGAGCACGUCAGCAUGGGUGGCAAGCGUGAUUGCUUGGACCUCUUGGCCCGAGCCGUGGCUCCCAGCAUCAGCGGCUACCUGGAUGUCAAGAAGGGCAUCUUGUUGAUGCUGGUGGGUGGCGUCAAGAAGUCCACCAUGGAAGGCAUUCAGCUUCGAGGAGAUAUCAACGUGUGCUUGUUGGGUGAUCCCGCAACUGGCAAGAGCGAGAUCUUGCGAUGGGUGUCCAAAUUUCUUCCGCGUGCUGUCUUCACCUCCGGCAAGAGCUCCACCGCUGCGGGGCUGACGGCCUCGGUGGUCAAGGAUAACGACUUGGACCAGGAAAGGCUCAUUGAACCUGGCGCUUUGAUGCUGGCCGACAAUGGUGUGUGCUGCAUUGAUGAGUUUGAACUCAUGGAUGUCAAGGACAUGGUUGCUAUCCACGAAGCAAUGGAGCAGCAGACGAUUACUCUCUCAAAGGCUGGCAUUCAAGCUACCUUGAACGCACGUUGUUCCAUUUUGGCAUCCGUGUUGCCAAAGAACACCUACUAUCAGGCGACCUUGCCGCUGCAUAAGAACUGCGAUCUGAGCCCUCCGAUCAUGUCGCGAUUCGACUUGUUCUUCGUCAUGCAGGACAUCCGAGAUGAAACCCAGGACCUCACAGUUGCCAAGCAUAUUGUGGCGUCGCACCAGCGCAAGGAUGAGGAAGUAGCACCACCGCUGUCGCAGAUCGACUUGCAGAGGUACAUCCGCCUGGCGCGCACCUUCAAGCCCAAGAUCUCAGCCGAGGGGCAAGCGCUGUUGAUCAAAUGCUACAAGAAGCUGCGAGAGGACCGCACGUACGUCCGUGGUGCAGCCGGGGUCACGGUUCGGCAGCUGGAAAGUCUGGUCAGGCUUUCAGAAGCCAUCGCUCGAGUAUACCUCAGCAAGUACAUCAGGCCGGAGCACGUCAAGGAGGCGUUCGAGCUGCAGAUCUCCUCUCUCCGCCAAUCAGAGCGCGAAAGCAUUGACUUGGGGGAGGAAGACUUGGCGCCGAGCACUAAAAGACGUCGCGAGGACGAAGAGCAGGAAGAGGGCGAACAGGCCAAGCGAGUGAAGCGAGUUCGCAUCACCCUGCCAGAGUACAUGCGCAUGGGUCAGAUGCUGCUGAGACAUUUGGCUGAGCAAGACGCGGCUGGUCAAGUUGUGACAGAAGGUGAUCUCAUUACCUGGUACAUGGAGCAAGUUGAACCAGAGCUCGUGACCGAGGAACAGCUCUUCAGGCAGCAGCAUCUGGUGCAGCUGGUGGUGACACGAAUGAUCGACAAGGACCGCGUCAUCAUUGUGACCCAGCCGUCCAAGGACCCAUUGCAGCCCGAGGGCCGAGUCUUGACGAAGCAUCCGAAUGUGCCGGUGGAUAGCCUGGCUCAUUUGGUUCUGAUCUUCAUCUCCGGGGGAGCAGUGGCCACGGCCAAGGUCCGCGAGGCGCAGCGCUUGGUGCGGCUACAGCGGAGCUAUGAAGCCGAAGGGGUGGCCGGCGAUGCCAAGGCCCUCUUUGGACGCUUGGAGGAUCAGUCCGGAAUUGCCGAUGCCAACUAUUUCUUGCUGCAAGCUGCAUUACUAGAGGAGCGCAUCAAUGAUGGUGCCAAGAUAGCAGAAGAAGGGCUUGAGUUGGCUCGAAAGUCUGGAAACAAGUUAGAUGAAGUGAAGAUGUUGAGAGCUUCACUCUUGGUGAAAUUAGCCGAAGGCAAGCCCUUGGAUGCUUUGGAGAUCGCUGCCAAGGCCGAGGGAUUGCUGGUCACAUUGGAAAAGAAUCAUAAAGAGGCUGGAGAAGUGUUACUCCUAGUGGCUCAGGCGCACAUGUUGCAGGGGACCACCGUAGGUCAACAGGCGGCCCUGAAUGCUGCCCUGCAAGCAGUGGAUCACUUUGCCAAAGCUGAAGAGGGCCGUGGCGAAGCGGAUUCCUGGCGGGUGGUGGGCGAUGCUCGCGUGGCCCUGGGGAAGUUCGAGGAUGGCCUCAGGGCCACUGAGGCUGCCAUGGUGAUUUGUGUAGAUUGUGGGGAUGAGGUGGGCCAAGCCUUGUGUUUGUUGAGUUUAUCCAAAGCACAUCUGGUCCGUGGACUUCCACUCAAAGCCAAAAAAGCCUCGGAGAAAGCUUUGAAUCUCUUCCAUGAGCAGAGCAGCGACUUGCUGGCAGCAGCGGCAUUGGAGAUUCUGGUGCAGGCAUUGAUUGGUCAAGAGCAGCGAAAAGAAGCACUUCAACGUGCCAAGCAGGAACUGCUAUCCUUUCUGGGAUCUGGAGACAAGUGGGCCGUGCCACGCAUGAGAGGUUGUUUGGUAACAGCCCUUCGCAGCAUGGAUCGAAAGAAGGAGGCGCUGAGUGAAGCCGAGAGGGCCUUGGAGGCAGCUGAGGAACUCACCAGAGGCCAGGCAUCCCCCGUGCCUUCCACACUAGUGGUGGAAGCCAUGAAACACGUGGCUGUUUUGAACAUGCUGACAGGCAAAGUCGACAAGGCGAAGGAGCUGGCUGACAGGUUUCUGCCGAUGUGCAGACAGCUAGGAGAUCUUGAAGGGGAAACCCUGAUGAACGAGUUGAUCGGACGUGCAGUUCAAGAACGAGGCGUGUUUGAAGAGAAAGCCGCCAAAGAGUUGGAGGCUGAAGAGUUGAUCCUGCAACUGAAGGAUGCCAUGUUGGCCCGCGAUGGGCCCAGCUUCAAAUCUGUCUUGGAGAAGUGCUAUGAGAAUGAGAACGUCUUCACCGAGAAUGUGGAGGAGAUCAUUUCACCGGUGAUUGAAACCGACCCUGAAGGCCUCUAUGAAUUCUUUUUGAGGAAUCAACCUGAGAAGUGGAAGAUAAAUCCAGAGGAAGACCGGAAGUCGUUUGAUAAUUCAACCAGCUUUGACAGGCGUCUCAUGUAUUAUGCCUUUCGGCUGGGUGCCAUGGGCUAUGGUCCAGGCUUUCGACUUAUCAAAUCUGCGCACCGGUUGGGAAAGGAUUUGGCUUCUUCUCAAGGUGCCGGCACUUUGAACCUCAUGGACACUUGCCCAGACUGGGAGGAGAGAGUUUUCUGGCAUCCUGGAAUUCUGGAUUGUGUUCUCCAAGUUGGGGCUGUGAGAGGAAUGCCCGAUGAAUACAUGGAAAGCACCAAGAUCAAGGCCCCUGAGCCUCCAGAAGUUUCGUAA